AUGUUACCUUCUAGGCUUUUUCGAGUUGGCCUUGGAGCGUUAAGGAGCCUCUCACGAGGAAGAUGUAGACCCGUGUGUAAAACAGUAGCGAUACCAAGGCCUUAUGGUCAUUAUUUGCAAUCUCGGGUUCAAUCACAUCAAGUUGAAUUGUAUGAGGCUUCCAUUUUUCAGAAGCAUCAUCAUUUUUGUACUGGAGGUUCCAGUGGCGAGCCUUCAGACGGAGCUCAGGAGAAGCAAUCGAUAUCUGUAACUUUUGUUGACAAGGAUGGCGAGGAAAAACUGAUCAAGGUCCCAGUGGGAAUGUCCAUGUUGGAAGCUGCCCAUGAGCAUGAUAUAGAACUAGAAGGAGCAUGUGAAGGCUCGCUUGCCUGCUCGACGUGUCACGUUAUAGUGAUGGAUGUUGACUAUUACAACAAAUUGGAUGACCCAACAGACGAGGAGAACGAUAUGCUGGAUUUGGCCUUCGGGCUAACAGAGACCUCUCGACUUGGAUGUCAAGUGAUUGCAAGUCCUGAGCUUGAUGGGAUGCGGCUAGCUAUUCCUUCCGCCACUCGGAAUUUCGCCGUUGAUGGUUAUGUACCGAAACCACACUAG